CAGGUCUGCCUCGGUCCCAACCCGUACGUGCGGAUGCUCAAGAUGCCAAACUCGCGCGAGUGUAAGAUCUCGGGCCGGCCGUACACCGCCUUCCGCUGGAAGCCCGGCUCCGAGGCGCGCUACAAGGAGACCAUCGUCGCGGCCGAGGUUGCCAUUGCGAAGAACGUCUGCCAG